CCAUGGCAACCGCACAGGAAGUGAUGAAUGAUUCGGCGGGAGAUCAAGACGUGCGAUCCGCCAGCUCCAGAAAAGACAAGGAGAGACCAGACGAGAAGAAGACCAAACAGCCGUCUCCUGUGGAGGACCGACCCAGAGCUAAAGCUGCAGACGUGUCUCUUCCCAUCAGCCCCGAGCAGUGGGCUCAGUUCCAGUGUCCUGAGGAGCUUCGACAGGCCUUUCUUUCUGACGCCGGUCCUUACAGCAUCAACAGCACAUCCAUCAGCGCACAGAGCCGAACUCUGUUUUAUUUGGAUCUGUUGGUGAAAGAGCUGGAGUCGCUCUCCUUGACCCCGCUGACCUUUGCCCCUCUCCACCUGGCAGAGGUCAUCGCUCGCGACCUCAUGCAGAGCAGGAGUCAGUCUGACCUCUACCGCCUCAGGAUCAUCAGGAGCUGUGGUGAUCUGGGGUUCGAGUCUCCGUACUCGGAGCAUCUGCUGAGCUUCACACACGUUCCUGCAGACGAGCAGAUGCGGAGCCAGAGAGCCGUCGUUACACAGAGAAACGGAUCUCAGAGCGACGUGACGGACGAGACUGCUGACCGAGGUCCGUGUGGAUGGACAGCAUCCGCUCUCAGUCCUCAUCAGCUGUGGCUGGCCAAAGCCGACGUGUGUCUGAGUCUGAACCUGUUCCAACCUGCGAAAGUCCUGCUGACUCACACUCACCUGACAGCCCAGGAGCUUGGAGACCAGCUGUCAUUGGCUAAGAGUUUUCUCCUGCUGGCGGUUCUGGCCAAUCAUGAGCAGCGCUUCGGCGAGGCUCUCGCUCUGCUGCAGGAGGCGCAGGAGAUCGGAGGAGACGAGGAGUUCUGCUUUAUACUCGCUCAGACGCUCCAAAUGACCGUAGUGGAACAGGAAGAACAGGAAACGCAUCAUCAGGUGUGUGCGAUCACAGAACAGGCCUGCAGAGCCAUCAGAGCUGUUCUAGAGCAGAGAGGGAACCGAGCUUCAGUCCUCCGCUUCUUCAUCGCAUCGCUGCAGACCAGGGCCGCUGUGUUUCGUCAGCAUUUGUUGAGUUCUGCCGAUCCGUCAGUGGAGAUGCUGAUCUCGGUGUCUGACACGCUCAGACACACUGCUGCUGAACUCCUGCAGCUGGGAUACAGGACACACUCCGCCGAAGCCAUGCUAGAACACGCAAACACGCUCAGAAUCCUGGCUGUACACUCAUCGAGUGCAGAAGAGAAACAGCGCCACCUUCUGGACGCGUUCAGCCUGAUGAAGAGCGCUGUCUCUCUUCAGGAGCAAGUUCUCACUGAUGUCCUCAAUGUUCUUCCACCUCAUGAGCGGCAACCGGGGGCGCCCAUCUUCUGGCAGUAG